AUGUCUCGACUUUCGGGCUCUUCUUGUGAAUCGACGGCAGAUGCCAAUAAACUGGCAUAUUCCAGUUGCCAUAACCAAGACCAUAGACUGGCUGCAAAUGACUCACCCAAUCAGCUCUACGACACCACAGAUGAGAUCCAGCUCGACAGCCAGGAGUAUGUGGCUCGUUCGGUGGCGCCGCUAGCUGAAGAGGCGUACCAUGAAGAAUUGGAAAGGGUCUCUCGACAACUUACCAGUCAGAGCAGGGAGAAGGAUGCCUCUUUGGAUUCAGUUAGUGAGGAACUGGAAGAACCUCAGGAUCACCCAGUGGAUGGCCUUUUUGCAAUAUGGCAGGCCGUUUUGGCGCUGCUUUUGGUGUUUCUGACGUGGGGCGCCAAUGCUUCGUUCGGUGUGUUCUUGAACUACUACAUGUCCAAUAGCCUGUUUCCUGGAGCCACCCACUACGACUUUGCGCUUAUUGGUGGUAUAGUGGUGUUUCUAGUGCAAGCCCCAGCGCCAUUGAUAUGCUUUUUGGUUGCCAUGUUUGGCCAGACUCCUGUGCUUUUGCUUGGUUUGGUUCUACAAACGUUGGGCUACAUUCUAGCAUCGUUCAGCACGAAGCUCUGGCAGAUAUACCUCUGUCAAGGUGUUCUUGUAGGUGCUUCUUUUGGCUUGAUUUUUUUCCCUGCCAGUUUGGUGAUCCCAACAUGGUUUCAAAAACGAAAGUCCACCGGCAUGGGAAUCUGCGUUUGUGGAUCGGGUGUAGGCGGUGUGGUUUUCUCCGUGGCGUUGAAUAAGCUUAUUUCCCAGACAGGAGAUCAGCGGUGGCCGCUUCGGAUGGUUGGUCUUGUCACCUUCGCUACGUCGUUGUUCUCCAUCUGCUUCUUGAGACCCCGGAACAAGAAAACCAUCGAUAUCAACACUUCGAGGAUUACAUGGGAACGCACCCGAGCGAUUCUCAAAAUUGUGUUCGACUUUGAGCUUUUCAAAUCCCUCCACUACCUAGUUGUGGGUGUUUGGUUCACCGUGAGCUUCUUGGGCUACGUCAUAUGCCUCUACUCAUAUUCCCCGUACGCCUCGUCCAUCGGCUUGACACACGAUCAGGCCAACAAUCUUUUGGCUAUUUAUAAUACUGGACAAGCCUUGGGCAGACCUUUAGUGGGACACAUUGCCGAUCAUUACGGCAGAACCAACACAGCAGGAUUUUUUUCUAUUUAUUUGGCAAUCAUGGUGUUGGCUUUCUGGCGACAUGCUGUGUCGUAUGGAGCUUUGAUCGUCCUUGCUAUCUUGCUAGGCGGACCUUCGGCGGUUGGGUACGUCAUGAGUCAGUCUCUCGUUGCUGACAUCUUAGAUAUCCAAGAAAGACCUCAUCUUAUGCCUGCUGCGUGGUCAGGCCUCAACAUCAUGGUUUCCUUCAUUUCACCUCCAUCAGAGGUUAUAGCCAUUGCAUUGAAGGAAGAGAAAGCCUCCAAUCCGUUUGACCAUGCUCAGGUAUUCACCGGCUGCAUGUUCCUCCUUUCGUUCUUGCUUCUACUAUUUAAUCGUGAAUUUCUCGUUCGUGAGAGAUUGAAAGAUAGAAAACUGCAAGCUCAAGCUGCUUAUUUGCGGGAGGGCGAUCCCUCAGACGAAGACAAAAAGGAGCUUCUCAUGACCCAGAUAGACCGUUACGACAGAUUUCUCGAAAACAGCAUUUUAAACUAUUUCAUUCGCAUGUUCUAUCCCAUGAUCGUGUGA